AUGUUAUUUAAGUUAUUAUUUCGAAUUUGUGUUAGAAAAAGACAACACAUGUUUUAUAUCAAUAAACAACAUUUUCAUAUAAACAAUAAAAAGUCUGUACUGAAUAUGUCUGUAUCACAUUUGAAACAUUUUCUAAAGCAACAAUGCACAAAUGUCACAGAAGGAUAUACAUGUAUUAUAGCAGAUUGUCCUAUAUGUAAUGAUAUAGAGGAGAAAUCAAAGAUAUAUGUAAAUAAAACAACAGGAUUUUUUAUGUGUGAUAAAUGUGAUGUCACUGGUGCGUGGGAUAUAUUGGAGAAAUUUUUAUCGAUACAGAAGUCUAAUGAAAACCAUAAAGAACUUAAUAUACUAAGAAAUGAUUAUCCUUCGAAGAAAAGUUUUUUAGAAACAUGGAAAUGUGUGACAAAUGAUUGUCAAAGCGUAAAAGAUCUACCUAUGGAAGAAUAUAAUAUUCUACUCAACAGAUUUUCACUUCCUAAUAUUCCACAGCAGGAUAUGAUUCAGUUAAAUUGUUUUUACAAUAAGACAACCAAUAUAUUAUAUUUCCCAUUAAUAGGCCUGAACAAUACCAUAGUCGGUUACAAAACAUUUUCGACUGGUUCACAAAAAGAACAAACAAUUCCAGUCUCUGGAGUUAGUGGAUGUAUUGAAUUUAAACAAGAUAUCAACAAAAAUGAUAAUGUUGCCAUAGUUGUAGAAAUGAUAGAUGAUUUACUAGCCAUAAUGUCGAAGAAAUCUGCAAAUGUUAUUAUCUGUCUUCCAUAUAAUUUAAGAAAUCUGCCUCAGCAAUUAUUACCAUACAUGGAAUCAUUCAAAAAGUUAAUUUUAUGGUUUGGAAAUGAUGCAACAAGUUGGUAUACUGCUAAACACUUUGCCAAAAAAUUUAAUGAAAAACGAUGUUAUUUCAUUAGACCAACGGACUUGCAACCUCGACCGAAAUUAGCCGCCGAAAUGGAUUAUGAUUUUAAUAAUAUUCUACAGAAUGCUCAGCCUCUAUGGCAUAGAAGUAUAAUUACCUUCCAGGAUCUUAAAGAAGAAAUCUUAAGCGAUUUGCAAAAUAAUGAUAAAGUACAAGGAAUAAAGUGGAAGCGAUAUCCAACUUUAAAUCGUAUACUGAAAGGUCACAGGAGAGGUGAAUUUACAAUAUUAACUGGGCCAACUGGAUGUGGUAAGACAACCUUUAUGAGUGAAUAUUCCUUAGAUUUAGCAAUGCAAGGUGUUAAUACAUUAUGGGGUAGCUUCGAGAUAAGAAAUGCACGAUUAGCAAGAACAAUGUUACAACAAAUGAUAGGUGUACCUUUAGAUGAAAAUCUUGAAAAUUUUGAUUCAUAUGCAAAUACUUUCGAAAAAUUACCAAUUUAUUUCAUGACAUUUCAUGGUCAACAAAGCAUCAAAAUAGUAAUGGAUGCAGUCGAGCAUGCAACAUAUGUACAUGACAUUGCUCAUGUAGUAAUUGACAAUGUUCAGUUUAUGAUGGGAACAAUGGCUAGUGAUUUGAAGCAUACAGACAGAUUUUGGAAACAAGACGAUAUAAUAGCGAGAUUUAGGAAUUUCGCUACUGUGUACAAUUGUCAUGUAACCAUGAUAAUACAUCCACGAAAGGAACGUAGCGACGAAGAAUUGACAACUUCGUCGAUUUUUGGAAGCGCGAAAGCGAGCCAAGAAGCAGAUAAUGUGCUUAUUAUUCAAGAUAAAAGACUCACUAGUAUCCGAGGCAAAAAAUAUCUACAAGUGGCGAAGAACAGGUAUAGCGGUGAUUUAGGUAUUAUGAUGUUAGAUUUUGACAAAUUAAGCCUUAGUUAUACUACAAAAUCGAAAACUAAGGAAAAAUGUAGCGAAAAAGUAAAACCUAUAUUAACGAAAUAA